AUGGCUGUUGAAUCAGAGGAAGUUCACCAUGAGUCAUCUGAAGAAUACGACUCUGAAGAAUACGAAGAUGAUGAGGAGGUGCUCGAUACUGAGCACAUAGAUGUGGAAAUGGAAGAAGAUUAUUUCAAGACACAGGGUAAAGAGAGAUGCAAGUAUGCUUUCCUUAACUUCAGUUCCGAUUAUGAAGAUAAUGAAGCCGCUGAAGACAAUGACUUAGUUGAUGAAGAUGAAGAAGGGUUUGGUUCAGAAGAGGAAAUCAAUGACACAGCAGGGGCUAAUGAUCUUGAUUUGGGAGAUGCGGUUGGUGCAGGCUUCCCCAUUCAUGACCCAUCAGUUAAGUGGAAUAAGAUGAAGCCCUUUCUUGGUGAAAGGUAUGAAUCACCACAUCAGUUGCAACAAUGUCUCACUAAUUAUGCUAUUAAGUCAGGGUAUAACAUUAAAUUUGUGAAGUGUGACACUGUGAGAUUAACUGCCAAAUGUGGUUCUAAGAUAAAGUCUCAACCCUGUCCAUUCAGAGUUCAUGCUUCCUGGAUGACUCAAGAAAAGUCUUUUCAGAUUAAAACCUUAGUCGAUGAGCACAAAUGUGUUAGAAAUUUCAAUAUUUCAAAUUUACUGAGUCCCAGAUGGCUAGCAAGACACUUUUUGAAGGAGUUGAUAAUGAGACCUAACUUGAAGUGUAAGGAGAUGCAAUCAAUAAUUAGGACCAAAUUUCAUUGUGGUGUGUCUUGGUCUAAGGCUUACAGAACAAGGUGUAGAGAAAUGACCAUUAUAGAUGAAAAGUGGGAAUCAGUGGUUUGUCCAACUGCUAUCAAGAAAAUGAACAAGUUUGGAGAGGAUUUGAGGAAUUGGAAUGUGAAUCCAAGUGGACCAUCUAUUUUUGAAGCCAGGAAUGGAUUAGAAGGGUACGUGGUUGACUUACAAAGCAAAGUGUGCAGCUGUAGGCUUUGGGAUAUCUCAGGAAUCCCAUGUGUACAUGCACAGUGUGCAAUAUUAUUCACUGGACAAGAUCCUGUUCAAUUCAUAAGUGGUGCAAGAGGUGGUGCAGUGGGUAACAGAGGUGGUAAAAGAGGUGGUAGGGGCAGUAAGACAUCUGUUGGAAUUGAAGGUGGUGGAGUUGAAAAUGAGGAUGACACUAUUCCUGAAAAAUAUUUAGUCCAUUUAUGGAAGGCAAUGCAAGAUUUGAAACUAUCAAGGUAUUCAAUUGAAGAAAUUAAAAAUACACUUAGUCUGACAGAUUCACAUAUGAAACAGCUCAAUGAUUACAAUGACACUAUUGAACAAGUUCUUCCUAUGUCUAUGGAGUAUCCACCUCAGACUGAGACACAAGAUGGGGCUGAAGAAAUUAUCCCUGAGACACAACCAGAAAGUGAAGAAGCAGAAGAAGAAGAAGGCAUUAAUGACACCCAGGAAUUACCAGUACACCUUAGGAUUGUGAAAAGAAGAAGGCCCUCUGAGAGGAUUGUUAAAACCAAGCUGAAGAAGAUGGGAUGUGUUGGGACUUCUGCAAAUUCAGCAUUGGAGUUGGAUUAG